CGGAGUCGGUAUCGGUACCGUUGCAUGUUUCUUGCGAGUCGGCUCGCGAAAAGCAUUACAUGCAGUACACUGGCCUCCUUGUCUCUAUAUAGUAUAUGUCAUAUAUCUAUAUUUGUUGGCGAGUCUUCCGCGAAACCGGUGUUAUUAUCAGGAAACCAUUAUGCUUUGAAGGUGUACUGUACUCGUAUCGAACCAAGAAGUGAGACACCGAAAUUGGUUUUAGCCUCUGUGGUCAAGCAGACAAGUCACGGUUAUAACGUACAUACGCAUGGUUGGUCAGCAAGUCCGUUAAACAUAUUUAAUUCAAGGAUCGCAAGAUGGAUGUCGAGACUGGAGCCGUUGUGGCUCUACAAAUUUUGGCAAUUUGUUCCAUUGUUGCAGCUCUACUUGCUUAUUUGAUGCGACAAUCACGAAACACAGAUGAAGAGUUCGAUAUGCGUAACAAAAGACAUGUCCUGGUGACCAGCUGUGACACCUGUAUAGGCUUGCAAAUUGCACUUGCUCUUUCUGAGGCAGGGUAUAAGGUAUUUGCCGGCUUGUUAGAGCCCGAAGGAAAUUCUCAUGCAAUCAAAAUCUUAAGAGCUGUGCAGACGCAAAAAGAAAAGGAGCAGGACCCUUCAAGCAUGGAGGGUGCUAUGGGAUUAGACGUACGUGCUCCAGGACAAAUCGUUCCACUAGAACUGGAUCCGACACGAGAGGACAGUUUACACUCCUGUUUGGAUGCAGUUAGGUCGAAACUUCCGGCUGGUGAAGACGGCCUUUGGGCAGUGGUACAUACUGGAGGAUUGGCACUGCCAGGAAUUAUAGAAAAGCAAGAAAGCUCUGCGUGGGAGUCCAUGCUACGACACAACCUCGUGGCACCCUUACGCACAGCUAGAGUAUUUAUACCUUUAUUGCGGGCAAAGAAAGGUCGCAUUAUUCUUUUGGGCGAUUCUGGAUCCAGUUAUGGAACCAAAGCUGGGACAGGAUUGGUAGCUUUCAGUGCUUCAAGAAAAGCAGUUGAAGGUGCAGCAGAAGCUUUAAGGGCAGAACUUCUUUCUUCCGAGAUCGACGUUGUGCUUCUAAAACCACCAGCAGUGAAUCCCAUCGCUUUGUAUUCAACACCCGUCCUUAAAACCUCAGAGAACUCGUCGAGUACUGCACACGUGGCGGGUGUAUGGACGGCUCCACUGACAACCUAUUCAGUGACGAAUUCCUUGGCCUCAGCUCUUAUUUCGCCAAAUCCAAAAAAUGUCUACGACAUAGCCAUGAAGCCCCGCACCUUCUGUCGGUAAAGGACAGAUUUAAAAAUAUCAAUCAAUUCUGAAAUAAUGAAUGUAAAAUUAAAAUUGCCUUUUGAAUGUAAAUUACUGUUAUAAAAAUAUCGUAUUUAUAACACAAAAAUGUAUAGAAAUUUCCUUUAAAUACUCUUCAUUGCUCGUGUUAUCUAUUGGAAAUUUUCAUGAUGAUCAAGAAUUCAGAAUGUAAAUAAUGAACGACAAAAGUUGAUAUUAAUUUGAGGUGCUUAAUUUUAAAAAUUAGUACCCUAACUUUGUAAUUAGUUAGUAUUUCGAAUUACGAAGCUUUGCACGUAUAGAAUGUUAACAAUAAUUCUGGAAUAUGUAUAGCACUAAUAUAAGUUAAGAAUUA